AUGCAUAUUGAACAGCCGCCCGGCAAGUCGAAUAAGUGGCAUCCGUCUCAUUUAUAUCACACGUUAACGAGUCACAACAUUUCGGAAAAGUACGUUUCCGAGACGUUUGAAAAUGGUUUGAAAAAUAAUGAGGAGGAGUAUAAAGCAGGGGAUAUCAGAAAACAAUGGAAAAACCACGCUGAUGCAUGGAAAAAUCCAGAGCUUUCUAUCGAAUAA